UCCUUCCUGCCCACCUUUUUUUUAUUUUUAUUUUAACAAAGAGUAAGGAUUAAGUAGUGGAGCAUCAAAAUUCAAUAGCAAAGCCUGAAAUUGACAAGAAUGAGAAUCUUGACCACUUCUCUUUACUCAGUAGAUCAACAAUGGAGGACAGAAAAGCAUACAUAAUUGCUGUUUCGUUGGUUUCCGUUCUCACCAUCUCUAUCGUCGUUGCUCGUAUCUCAUUAAAGCUGUCCAAGACAUUUUUCUUGGUCUGUGGAGCUAAUAUUGCGGCCAUCCUUGCUGUUUUUUCGUUUCUUAUAAUCAGAAGAAGAUACAAUAACCGGAGAAAACUGUUGGAAUCCCAGCUUGUAUCAGAGGGGCGGGAGCUACGAAUUGAGUACAGUUUUCUCAGGAAAGUCGCUGGAGUUCCAACUAAGUUCAGGUACAAGGAACUUGAAGAAGCAACGGAUGGUUUUCGAGCACUAUUAGGACAGGGGGCAUCAGCUUCCGUGUUCAAAGGAAUCUUGAAUGAUGGUACCCCGGUCGCGGUGAAGAGGAUUGUUGGAGACGACAAGGGCGAAAAGGAGUUCAGAUCAGAAGUUGCAGCUAUUGCCAGUAUCCAGCAUGUAAAUCUUCUUCGACUUCUUGGCUAUUGUAGCGUACCAUCGGGGCCCCGUUUUCUCGUCUACGAGUUUGUGUACCACGGAUCAUUGGAUAAUUGGAUAUUUCCAAGGAGGGAAACUCACGGCCGGCGGGGUGGUUGUUUGUCUUGGGACUUGAGGUGUAGAGUUGCACUUGAUGUAGCUAGGGCGCUUUCUUAUCUACACCAUGAUUGCAGGUCUUGCAUUUUGCAUCUCGAUGUGAAGCCGGAGAAUAUACUCCUCGACGAGAGCUAUCGGGCACUCGUGUGCGAUUUUGGACUCUCGAAGCUAAUGGGAAAAGAAGAAAGCAGAAUUGUCACGACGAUUCGGGGAACUAGAGGCUAUCUGGCCCCGGAAUGGAUCUUGGAGAACGGAGUAUCUGAAAAAUGCGAUGUUUAUGGUUUCGGCAUGGUGCUCCUGGAGAUUAUUGGAGGGCGAAGAAAUGUUUGCACGAUUGAGGACGAAAACGAGAGGAGGAAGAAAAAGUUUGAGUGUUUUGCGAAAAUUGCGAUUGAGAAACUGAGAGAAGGGAAGCUGAUGGAGAUAGUUGACCAGAGAUUGGUGCUAGCAGGAGGAAUAGAUGAGAGGCAGGUGAAGAGAUUGGUUUGCAUAGCAUUGUGGUGUAUUCAGGAUAAGCCUAAGGUCAGGCCGAGUAUGGGGCUUGUGGUGGAAAUGCUGGAAGGCCGAGUUCCAGUGGAUGAGCCGCCUGAAAAUACCCAAGUUCUCAUCGCUGACUUGUUGUCAGCUGAAGAUGGAGGGUCAACGAAGCCCGACCGUGGCAGGCUUUUUGCUGCAAUGGAUAAUGCAAUCAUCCCAUCAACAGCGGCCUAUUCUUCUAUAGGAUCAGUUCUUUCAGGACGGUAGCGCUACUGAAUCUCGCCGCAGCUGGUUCCUUUUACUUUCUUUACACAGAUUCAUUGACGCAGGCAUCUUUUUCUUUGACCGAGUAUAGUGUACUUUACUUGCUGUCCAGUUCUUGAGGAGGUACAAAUUUUAUAUGAUCAUUCAUCGUGUACUUGCUGUCGGGCUCCGGUGUAAAUAGACGAUAAAACGAAACAAUUCUCUGAUUUGACUUGUAACUAAGAAAAGUUCAUGCCGAGGAUUGCUGUUUGGUCUGGUGUUUACCUCCGUAUGGUGUUUUCCUUUCUGCAGUGCAGGGGCAAGAGUUGACUAUCAAGUCUAUGAUGGUAGUAUUAGAUAAAAAAAAACCAUCUCAUUGGCAAGCAUUGAUAUACUAUUUUAUUUUUUUUCUGAAAACAGUAGUGUGUAUAUUUUCAA